CCACGACUUCGCGCUCGACAUUCGCCCUCACGAUGGUUGUCUCACAUUCAAGCAGGCAAUGCGACCGCAAAGAUGUGCUCAAGGAGGCGGCAAUCCCAAAUGCUGCUCGAUCUGCGGACCGACUCGCUCGUAGCGGCCCUGGCUAGCAGCUAGGACAGAGAUGACUGCGCAGCCAAAUGUCGAGCGGGUGCCUGACAAGAAAAGCAAUCACCAACUCGGGCCCUCGGCGGCGACGCCGUGCAGCUUGUCAGCACUCUGCCUCUGCAUUUCAUCAAGACGUUGGCUCUGCGGCUGCUUCCUUUCCUACCUCAUACUCCUCGUAUCAGAAUCACCACACACACGAUGGACUCCUACACGCGGCAUUGCCAUUUCGAUGGGGAGGCCUACAUUCACGUCUUCCUGCCUCCAGCUGAUCCUCCUCCCAUAGGAGGCGACGUUCUACAUGCUGAAAUCGUCCGCAUUGAUGCACCGCCCGGCGUGUUCAUCCCACCUUUUACCGGCGGACCUUCCAGCGUCCCUCCUCCUCGAGGCGAGCCCUCGCAUGUGACAUCGAUCAUCAUCAGAGGUCGCUACGUGGACCUUUACUUUGCCGCACCUGUACCGCAAACAUACGAAAGGGAGGAACGUUACACUAUGCCCGUCGCUCGCAAACUGCGCACCGACUCGGGUCCUUUCCCUAACCUCGCAACCUCGACGCUCAUGCCCGCGCCCUCAACACCCCGCCGCGCUGAGCCGCCCCUCACCACCGCACACCUCCUUGAGUCCUCUUCAUCCUCCUCGUCCUCCUCUCCCUCGACUCUACGCCAGACUGCUCGCCCCCUCGUCACACCCAUCGACACUCGCGCGACUUCACGCCAGAGCGCUCGCCCCCUCAUCUCGCCCGUCGACACUCGCACGACUGCAAACGUUGCUUCUACAUCUCAGCGCGACCCCUCACCCUAUGCUCGCGCCUCGAUGCCCUUCACACCCGGGAUGGCGCCCAGCGAGGCCGGCAGUCGCUCGUCAUCGCGCGUGGCUAUUGACAGGUCCACCUUGCAAGGGGAGCGUCAGACGCGAGAGGUCGGGGCUGGUCCAGGCUCUCAGGAGCCAGCGACGGCGGCAGUCAUCACAAGGGAGGCUGGCGUGGCUCUUGAGGUAGACGCAGAGGGCGGCGACAGUGGGAGCACAGCGCCCACCGCCGUGAAGGACGAGCGUGACCGCCAGGCUGCAGACGCGGCGCAGGAACAGCCUAGACAAGACGAGGAGCGCGCACAGGCAGAUACAGGCGGUGGAGACAGCACGUUUGGUCAAGGCGAUGACGAGAUUGCUGAACAGGCGGCAGCUCUCUCAAGACAGGUAGACGCUGUACACCUUGAGAGACAAACAGCCAGCACCACGCCUCACGCAGCGACAGGGGAGCCGUCGUCGAGGAUCCCGCCUGCAGCCCCUCACAGCGCACGCUCCUGUUUCACGACACCAUGGCUGCCUCCGACGCCAGGAUCAGCCGCGCUGCCAAAUCCAACUGCCGCCCAGACUAAGCGUGAUGAUGCAGGAGACAUCAGACGCUUGCGCGAGGCCAUGGUGAAUUGCCGCAGCCUCGAAGCUCUUGAGUCUGCGACAGGCGACGUCAGCACCUCCCACUUCGCGCGUUGGACAGAGGCACAGUUUGUGCAGCGCAGGGAGUCGUCGGGCGGGAGGAUGUUCAUGGCCGAUCUCGAGGCGGCCUGUCACCUCGCCAUCAUUUUUCUAAUCUUCCGGGCACAUCUGGGCAACAAAUCGGCGGUCGACCUCAGGAUCUUCCUCUCCUCCUUCUCCUCUCGUGAGCUGGCACUCUUCAUCUUCUGCCAGGUGAUCUCCAUGGCCCCAUUCUAUGCUCGCACGCCGCAGGACGUCCGCGACAUCAUGGCGACCAUGAGCGAGCUCAACGCUCGCAAUUGCAACUCCUCUGGCACAUACAUGCUCUUCAUCGAGACGGAGAAUGCGCGCGGGCCUCAAUACGAGAGCGUGCUCUGGAAGUACACGGGGGAAACCAAUUGGCUGGCUCGACGGGCUGGCGAGCACGAUCGCGAGAUCCAAGGAAUCCUCAAAGCGCAAAAGGAUGGGACCCAGGGCGAUGUCAAGGCCGGCCGCAGCAGGAUGAAGCUGCUCUACAGGGAGAAGAUCCUCGACUGGUGGCCCGUCAUCCUCACUCGCGGCCCAGACACGCGCGAUCAGCAGGUACGAGUCGACUGGCUCGAGGCAACAUUUCAGCGCAUGGGAGGAUGUGAGGCUGCGCCUGGCCGAAAGCUUGUGGACAUGGGGAGUAGGCGCUGCGUGUCGUACAACGAUCGCUCUGAAUUCAUCGACCGUCAGAACCGCGCUGUCUGCGAGCAUGCCUUCACGGCAUUCUUCGGCAGUGCGACGGAUGGCUACGAUGAUUGGGACCUCUUCGCCGGCGCACGCUACGACGACUAUCCCUUUGCGCGAGCGAAUCGCGACCCUCCUUCACUGGGCUUUUCGGAUCUGCAAGGAUCCCUCGCGUCAAAGCUGCCGGACUCCAUCAGACCGGGCAAGAAGGGUGUGGCAACCGCGUUCGACACAGCCGUCGUCAAGCGCAACGCCCCAUCUUUCCACACCUCUGUCCUCCGCUCUUCAGCGCCAUCAGCACAAUCAUUCACCUCCUCGCUUUCUCGUCGUCACAUUUAUCAUCCGGGCCGCCUCACCAUCAACUCCCUCCCUCAGGCCCAACUCGACAGUCCCUCCUCAUCUCAUCCGCCCAACCUUCCCGGCGCUCCGGCAGCUCCGACUCCUGCGUCUCGUCUCCCUCGCGCCCCUGCCCGCCUCCUCCCUUUGGCUCAGGCUCACCAAAGGCCCAUCCGCAUCAGCGACGACGAUGUGGAUGACGAAGACGGCAGCGACGACGAGGAGCUGCAGUCGUCGAAUGACGCUGUGGCCGCGCAGGAGGGCCCUCUGCACCUGGUCUAUCGCAAGCCGAUCGACAAGGUGCAGUACGUCGACGACCUCCCCUCGGUCUCGACGGGGGCAGAUCUUGCGGGCGUGGCCUGGCGCGUGGACGAGGGGAAGCAGCUCUUGUACCGCCUGAGUCCCUUCUCGGCUGAGGAGAGGUACAAGACAUGGAUGGCCAUCAACCAGUCCUCCUUCGCUGCCAGGGUCAGUAGCGGCGUCCUGCGCGUCAAGGUGGCGCCCUCCCUCCCCACCCUCGACGUGCGCCUCAAGGCGACGUUCCCGAACGGCGACGCCUUCCUCAUCCUCAGGUCGCGGCAGAUAGCGGGAAGAGUGGUCCAGCCAAGGUCCGCAUCGGCGCUGGCGUCGUAUGUGCUGGACCGCUACGAGGUCACGCUCUUCUCAAAGGCGGCUCCCGGCUCCUCCCUCCGCAUCGAGCCCAUUGCGGAGGACAUCGGCGCGCAGUGGGAGGAGGUCCUCUGUCCCAUGGGCCUCGUCGCCGCUAUGAGGUCGCAGGAGGCGGUAGCCUACAGCAAGACGGAGAGCUUGCUGAGCUGCGUCGGCGUGCGUCUUCGUGGCGCGGGGAGUCGAAUGGCCUUGGGUGCGGGGAGCAGGGACGGCUGGAGGACGUUGAGGCUGCCCGGCGAUGAGUUUGCUCACGCCGAGUUUGGGACAUUCGGCGAGCCCGACCGCAGCACCCUCGUCACGGAAGUGCCAGUGCCGCCCAGCUUCCGCCAGCAGGACGUGGUGCACGCCAUCUUCUCUGUUGGUCCCGCCAACAGGAAGGGCUUCUACGACCAGCUGCGCGUCUGCUUCGUGGCGGGAGACAGCGUCGCGCCUCUGCCUCGCGGGUCGAUGCAGGCGGUAGCGCCGGGGACGAUGGAGGAGUGGGCAAUCUGCUACCUCCUCAACCUCGCCAUCCUGUCUCGCGGCUGCGUGCAGGCGAACCUCGUCGUGCCCAAGGGUGAUGGGGUGAAACCGUGGGAGUCGCCAAAGAGGGCGGCGCAGCCUCUGCCGGACGUGGGUGGGUCGAAGAGGAGCAGGCGAUGAGCGUGCGUGAGGGGCGGGCCUCAUUCUUUUCUUCUUUCUCUUCGCUUCUUCCUCUUCGCUUCUUUCUCUCCGUCGUAAUCUCUUCUCCGGGAUCGUUUUUGUCUCGCUCGUCGAUCAAUCGUCACUCUCGUUGGC